CCUUGGCCCCCCUCAGUAAAAUGGGACUAGAACCGCCACUGGUAUCUGUGUGUGUAUCUGCAUGUGUUUCACGUGACUCCAUGCGUAGACAUCCACAUGGUGUGCACUUGAAAGGUGAAUGGCCAGUUGGUGUCAAAUAGCCUGGUUCAGAUGGAGGCAGAGGAUGGCUGGAGGCAGAGCAUCGAUGCUAAAUGGGUUACCCCGGUCCUAAAGAGGACAUUCGAGGGUUAUGCAAGAGGAGGUGGAUGGAGGACAGAGGCAUGGGAUCGGAUUAUAAACCUGAAUGGAAACCUCUGUACGUAUGACCGUCUGAAACACAGUGUACCUAGGGGAGGAAGAACAUGUGGGCUUCCGUGAAUGAGGAAGAAUAAGAUUAAGCCGGCUGGUUGGGGCUGGUUGCUGAAUGGGUUGGACUGUGGUCAUGGUUCGGUCAGUAAAUGGCAGAACAUUUUUUCCUUUUAUUUGACUUGAAUGUUUGCAUGUGUGGGACUGUUGAAUGACCACGAUGCAAAAAUGUCAUGAACAAAUAAUGUGUAUUUUUGCUGUGCAAUUGAAGCCUGAUUGGCAACUUGUUUCCCAUAAAUAUUAAUUGCUAAUCUUGUAUUUUCUUCCCUUCCCUUUUUCCUCUGCAGUCACAGAUGAAGACACAGUCAAGAGGUACUACGCCAAGUUUGAGGAGAAGUUCUUCCAGACCUGCGAGAAGGAGCUGCUGAAGAUCAACACGUUUUAUUCAGAAAAGCUGGCGGAGGCCCAGCGGCGUUUCGCCACGCUCCAGAACGAGCUGCAGUCCACGCUGGACGCCCAGCGAGAGAGCAACGCCCCAGCGGGCCUGCGCAAGCGCAAGACGGUGUUCCACCUGUCGCAGGAGGAGCGCUGCAAGCACCGCAACAUCAAGGACCUGCAGCUGGCCUUCAGCGAGUUCUACCUCAGCCUCAUCCUGCUGCAGAACUACCAGAACCUGAACUUCACCGGGUUCCGUAAGAUCCUGAAGAAGCAUGACAAGAUCCUGGACACGCCCCGCGGGGCGGACUGGCGCGUGGCCCACGUGGAGGUGGCCCCCUUCUACACCUGCAAGAAGAUCACCCAGCUCAUCUCCGAGACAGAGGCCCUGGUGACAGCAGAGCUGGAGGGUGGGGAUCGCCAGAGGGCCAUGAAGAGGCUCAGAGUUCCUCCAUUGGGAGCAGCUCAACCCGCUCUGGCGUGGACAACCUUCCGCGUGGGUCUCUACUGCGGAGUCUUCAUCGUCCUCGCUGUGGCCUUCAUCCUCACCGCUGCUGUGAUCAUCAAAGACGAGAACAUCUGGCCGCUGGUGAGGAUCCACCGCGGCGGCUUCCUGUUGAUCGAGUUCCUCUUCCUGUUGGGCAUCAACACCUACGGCUGGAGACACGCCGGGGUCAACCACGUGCUCAUCUUCGAGAUCAACCCGCGCAACAACCUCUCCCACCAGCACCUGUUUGAGAUCGCUGGUUUCCUGGGUGUGCUGUGGUGUACCAGCAUCCUGGCCUGCCUGUACACGUCCUCGGACUACAUCCUGCUCCCCAUGCAGGUGUACCCGCUGGUGCUGUAUGGCUUCAUGCUGCUCUUCCUCAUCAACCCCCUGAAGACCUGCUACUACAAGUCCCGCUUCUGGCUCCUCAAACUGCUGUUCCGGGUGUUUACCGCUCCGUUCCACCGGGUGGAGUUCGCAGACUUCUGGCUGGCGGACCAGCUCAACUCCCUGGUCAUCGUGCUCAUGGACCUGGAGUACCUCAUCUGCUUCUACAUCUUCGACCUGCAGUGGGGCAACAGGAAGGGCCUACUGCCCAGCGGCAAAGAUCACUUCGUGUGCCACAGCUACUCGUACGGCGUGCGGGCCGUCAUCCAGUGUCUCCCCGCCUGGGUGCGCUUCGUCCAGUGCCUGCGGCGCUACCGCGACACCAAGCGCGCCUUCCCUCACCUGGUGAACGCCGGGAAGUACUCCACCACCUUCUUCGUCGUGACCUUCGCCGCGCUCUACAGCACGCACCGAGAGCAGAAGCACGCGGACGCGGACACCUUCUUCUACCUGCUCAUCGUCUUCUCCACCGUCAGCUCCCUGUACACGCUGAUCUGGGACCUGCGGAUGGAUUGGGGGCUGUUUGACCGCGGGGCCGGGGAGAACACCUUCCUCCGGGAAGAGAUUGUUUACCCGCACAAGGCGUACUACUACUGUGCCAUCAUCGAGGAUGUGAUCCUGCGCUUCGCUUGGACCAUCCAGAUCUCCCUCAGCACCAUCACCAGCACCCACUCCACGGGGGACAUCGUGGCCACCGUGCUCGCCCCCCUUGAGGUCUUCAGACGCUUCGUGUGGAACUUCUUCCGCCUGGAGAACGAGCACCUCAACAACUGCGGCGAGUUCCGCGCGGUGCGGGACAUCUCGGUGGCGCCGCUGAACGCCGACGACCAGACGCUGCUGGAGCAGAUGAUGGACCAGGACGAGGGCGUGAGGAACCGCACGGGCAAGAAGCCCCGCAAGAGGUCCUACAGCCUGUCUCUGCUGCGCCCCCUGCUGUCCACCUCCCAAUCCAAGAAGGACACAAAGGUGUUGAUUGAAGAUACGGAUGAUGAGGCCUUCAGCUGAGUCCAGCCAGGAGAGCCAGAUACACACAGAUACACACACAAACACACAUACACAUAUAUGCACAAAUACAGAAACACCCCCACAUACACACCAACAUAUACACAGAUACACACACACAAGCAUACAGUAUGUAUGCAAACACAAACACAAAUACACACACACACACACACACACACACACACACACAUGACGCUGGUCACAGAAUACCUUGAAAGCUACGAGUCAACAACCUGCUGAAGCACAAGUAUAGUAUAAGAUAGUAAAGUUUAGCAUAGCAUAGUACUACUACAGUAUAGCAUAGUACUACUACAGUAUAGCAUAGUAUUUCUACAGUGGAGCGUGACUACACACAGCCAUACAGAUGAGACGUUGAAGGUUACGCGACGAGCCGAGACCACACUGCCGCAGGAAGUUCCUGAGUAUUCUUUUGUUCUUUCUUUUUAGCUAUUUUUUUUACUUUGAGACGUUUUGUAUAUUUCUUUUAAAAAAAAGUUUCCGUUUUUUUUUUAGUUGCAGAGAUAUAUAGUAGACGGCUAUAAACGACUGUUUACAAGCAUUCUCACUAGAUCGACAGGGAUUUUAAAAGCAUAUUUAAAGGACUGAUACUCAACAAUAACACGCCUGAGGAAAGGACUCAACAAACGAUAGCAGCAUAUCAGAAAAAAAUCAACUGGUUUCAACUCGUUGGUUCUUUUAUACAGCUCUUCUUUUACCUGCUGGUUAUUUUAUAAGAGUUUGGGAUUGGUUUGUUUAUUGAGUUUUGCUGACGUCGCUGAAUAGCUACGACCCUGUAUGCACUCACUGAAAAGGUGCAAUUAAUACGUAAACAAAUCGAAACAUUUACAAAAAAAAAAACGUAAUUAUGUUCUGUUCGAAACAUAUUCCUUAUCUGUAAACAAUGUUUUGAUGGGUGUAUUUCUGCCCGAUGCAUCUUUGCCUGGAUAUUUUUCAUGCAUUUUCUACAGUUUAAAUAUUGUUUUAUUUUUAAUGUCUGGUCUUGUGCCAUGGCCGACAGCUUAUAUCUAGAACACACACGAAGAUCAUCAAUAACACCAGAUCUUCAACACACAGCCAGGAGUCAAGCAACAGCCAACAAAAAAAAACUUGGAUGGUUUAUAUCAAAGUGCCCUAUGGCUAUUUAUUAUUGUACGUGCAUCGCUAUUCUUUACUAUAUUCAUUACCAAAGCAUUGUAACCAUGAAUGUGUCUGUGGUGAGAUUCACUUAACCUGCCUGAGCUGAAUUAGGGCUUUGUGUUUUCACAAACAGGGCCAGAAUGCACUGGUGAUGAUAAUGUCUGAAACACUGAAUAACUGACUUCAGCUUUGGCUCUUGUAGUCUGAAAUGGUUAAGGGCUGUCUGCCAAUCGUCAUGAAUGCUGUCAUGUAGUAAACACUGCCUCCAGAGGCCGACUGGGCUAGUCUCAGCCCCUGCAGAGUCCGGGUUUAUCCAGGAUUUAUUCCUCAGUAUCCAACACACAUCUUCUGUUGUCAUGUUCACUGUUGCCUAAUUUUUUUCAAAGCACUUUGUUGAAUUAUUUGAUGUGUUAUUUUGUUCGAUAUUUGCAAUUGUCGAUGCAUCACUUGGCCAUUUUGAAUAUUUUGUUUCUCCCCCCCCCCCCCUAUUCUAUUCAGCACUACCUUCUAGAUUGAACUGGUUUAAAAGUCUGUUGCUGCCUCGUCCUUUGAGGCCCCUUUGCUCUCGGAGGAAAGACCGCAACUUUGAACGGAAACGGGUAAAAUGUGUGUUUCACGCUUUGUUUCACUUCCUGUCUGGCCCUUAUCCCUUCACUGAACUCUCAGUUCGUUGUCUGCAGCCCACCCCUGUGACUGUCUCACCGAACCGCCGCCCCCGAGUGGACAGGCCGUCAGAACGGGUGCUCUAUACUCAAACAGAAAGGACUGCUUGUCUUCCGGUCCUAAUGUGAUUCUGUCUGGAUGAGAGAUGUUGUUCUAAUCUAGAGAGAUCUACCUUCCCACUGAAAAGUGACGUAGCAUUUCAGUCCCCCCUGUUCUGUGCAGUGGCGCCAUCGUCGUAGUAAGUAGUAGGGAAGGAUUCUGUGUCUCCUAUAGGGUUAGCAUUCAGAAAAAACAACGGAUAGAUGGCCUAUCCAAGCCAAUGUAUAUAAAUGUCAUGUACUACUGAAGCUCAUUCAUCUCCGCAAGAGGGUACAAUGUUGCACACCCCCACACUCCACUCUCCCCAACACACGUAGACACGCACACGCACACGCACACAUUGAUGUACACAAACACAAACGCACAUACACGUAGCAUUGCCUCACUGCGAUUGUGUUGUGCCAGAUAGUGCAAGCUUACUACCGACUGUUUCUGUAGUAUGUUGAGUUGCCUGCAUGCUGCUUUUUUUUGUUGUGUUCUUACAUUGUAAAUAGAUGUUAAUUUAUUUUCCAUGAUGUGUAUAUUACCAAUCAUUGACGCCGCCGUGACAAUGAUUGCUUUCAUACGUUUGAAUGUUUUGCUAAAAAAAAAGAAGAAGCAGUAUUUUAGGUGGAGAGGAGGAGCUUUUCUUCCAUUGUUCAUAGCCCUGCACUCUUUUCUAGCUGUAAAUCUGUCCAGACUGUGUUUGUAUACAAAAGAGAAGACAUAAAAAAAAAAAAAACAGAACUUCAGAAGUGAUUCUGGAUUGUGAUUGGUUGUAUCUUGUUGGUGCUCCUCUCCAUACACCCGGGCGUCCGCCCCCAUCGUCAUCCAGGGUUUGUGGAAAAGUCGAAGACAAGAGAAGGGAGGAUUCCUGUGUGCUCAAAUCCCAAUUAUAUUAAAGUGUUCACACGUGCAUGUACUUUAAAACCACCGGGGAAAAACUAAAGGAACGUGACAUUCUGGACAAGUAGGCUCCAUCCGGCCCAUCAAGCGACCCAUUAUGUCGGUUGUUUAAAUAUCGAGCCAGUGAAAGUUGAGCACGUCCUGGUAGAAUGGUGGGCAGUAGGCCUGCAGAGUACAACCAGCAUUCCUGUAGAAACUGUUGUGAAAACAACCAACGAUCCUGGGAGGGAAUCACAAACGGAUCUGGGAACUGCAUAUAGUCCGCUGGGAAUAAUUCUGACUGACAGCAAGCUUUACUGUGAAAGCCGGGUUAAAUAGGAAUCUUUAUAUGUGCAGUGUCUUGUUAUUCAAAGACAUCUUUACAGAGGUACAGUAUGGACAACCCGCUGAAAAUAGGGGUUAUUUUGUACAGUUUUUGAUUGAUAUUUUGAUGAUAAUGAUGGAAACGCAAGCCCUGACGUCACAUUUUAUUCAUGGUUAGAAAAACAUUAUUGAAAUUGCCAUGACUUAACUGUUUUUAGUGCUUGCUAACCCCCCUAAUGUAAAAGUGCUAGUUGAUAUCUCCAUGUCCCUCCCCCUUCUUUCUCUCUUGAUGUCGUAGCCUUUCUAUAAUCUAGCUGAACGUGAUUGUACAUGUAGUUCAAUAGAUGGAUGUACUACUUUGAUAAGAGGAACAAAGUAAUAGUAAAUGCAUUAUGUGGUUGCAAGUGAUUUAAACAACCUGAGACAAAAUAAAAAUAAAUGUCUUACAAGUCUAGCCAUUGUCUUGGGCCCCUUCUACGAAGUAGUUUGUAAACGUUGAGUGUAUAACACUGUACUAUGAUGGUUUUCCUGAUGGUAUUUGUAUUUCUGUAUACACUUUGGUUAUCCUGUCAUAUCUGGGUUUUAUAAACCACGCUUAUUUUUAAAACUCUCA